UUGAACUGAAAGUCCUUGUCCGAAUUGCAUGAGAAUAUUUUUAGUUGCAGCCAAUAACAAUCAUGGCGCCUUUUUCUGACAGACAAGUUGUGCUUUUGUUUGUUUGGAUUACAUGGGUCAAAUCGGGCAAUCUGUGCAUGUGUAAUGGAUAAAAGAUUUUCUACAAUUAUUAAAGAUGGGUGAUGGUUAGGUAAAGGAAUGGCGUCACUUGCGAAGAAGUCCCUCAAAAGGAAAUUAAGAAGGAUUUCAGAUGAUGGAGAAGACACUGAAAAUAUAAAGUCUGUGAAACUGGAAUCGAGCAUUGAUGGUGAUUCUGUGGAUAAGUGUGAUAAAGAUGAUGCCCGGCUCAGUGACUUUGUUGGUGAUGAGCCAAUCUGUGAUAAAGACACGCUUAGCAGGACUGAAUUGAAUACAGACACACCAGUGGAAUUAGCUGGUGGUAAAGCCAGUCAGUCAGUAAAAGAUGGAACUCUAAGGGCUCCCUCACCACAGUCAACCUCAGCAAGUACUAGCUCAGACACAGUGACAGAGGAAGAAAGAAAGAGGUUUGCCUUCAUCAGCCAACAGUUGGAUAUUCUGAAUACCCAAACUCACCCGUCCCCUUCUGUACAGACAAAACUGUUACCCAAAUCAUUGGCGAAGUCGGUGAAAUCUUCAACACAGGCUAAGAAGGUCAUCAAAAAGAAAGCGCUGAAAAUCAAAAUAGGACUAACAGAAAAGCAUAGACUUGCUGUUGUAAAGAAAGCCAUACUCAGCCCCAGGAAGCGAAACAAGCCAGUCUUAGAAACACCCCAGUCUCCCAGAGAAAAUUCAGAGGAAAGUGAUCAGGAGGAGUCAACUCCAUGUAGCACAAGUGCUUCAGGGGAGACAAGUGUGGAUGGUGAAACUGAUGAAGAUGGCCUUGAAAUUCGUGAAACAAAAGACAAAGUCGUACAGCUGGAGAAGAAGAUUGAAAAAAUGAUGCCUGUUCAUGUGAAAAGUAUUAUUGAUCGCCUUGUCAGUGAUGGAAGUGUUUUGGAAUUGGUCCAGAAUUCGCUGACUGAUGGCACAAGCCCUGACAGCAAAGAUUCUGGGUGUGAACCGAAACAGACCCGAUCCCAAACCAAAGUUGGUGAUUCUCUGUUUCCCUGGGUGCUGAGUCAGGCGAAGAAGGCCCUCUCCCCCAAACCUGGCAUCCUGGAUCUGACCUUCUCAGAGGAGGAAGAGGAAGAUGAUGAAUAUGAACCGGACAAGGAAACAGAGACUGAAGAGACAGACUCAGAGAGCAUGUUCUCACCGGAUAUGAUGGGCCGAGGCUCUCUUAGUCCACCUACCCCUUCAGCACAACCAUCUGACAGUGAUCAGUGUCAGAUUGGUGCUAAGGACAGUCCUGAGACCGUUGCCUUGAGAACACGGUCUAAGGUGACACUAACAGACAAGUCCCUGCAUGAGAUAGAGUCGACAUUUGUUGCUCCUGACAUCACCACUGAUAUGUAUCACACAGCUGUGGACGAUCCUGAGUGGACAGCAUUCCUCACUGGCCUACAAGCUCCGUCUCCUCCUGAGAGUGAAAACACACGAGACACAGUUGACGAUGAGAACAGCGACCCUGAGUAUAAUUUCCAGGCUGAGGCUGAAGUUGAAGAGCAGGAUACCGAGGACCUGCGUAAUGACAUUGCUACCAAAAUAUCAAAAAAAGAAUUGAGUGAACUUCUUGAUGAGCUCCUGACUGAACAUGUGGAAGGAGAACAGGAAGAAAAGGUUCCAAAAAAUAGAAAAGUAAAGGGAACCUCAAGUGGAAAUUCGAGUUCAUCUUCAGAAGGGAGGGCAGAUAGCAGUGAUCAGGAAGAUCUGGCUAAAGCUUGCCUGUUAUGGACCAGUGAAUCAGGGGAGCUAACUGAGUCUGACGAGGCUGGACUGGAAAUAGCUGAAGAUGUGGAGACAGACCUGGAUAAAAGGCUGGAAGCAGAGGCGCAGAAGAACAACCUGACAGCAAUCAAUGUUAAAAAUUUACUCCAUCACAUUGUAACCAAUGAACAUGUGCUGGAUAUGGUGCAGAACUCGCUGGCUUCUGAGAAAGAUCCAGAUGUCAAGGAAGCUGCCUAUGAACCAAAAAUGACGCGUUCCAAAACCAAAGUUGGCAGUGCUCAGCCUCUGUUUCCCUGGGUGAUGAGUCCUGGGAAGAAGCCGUCAGAGCCUAAGCCUAGCAUCAUGGACCUGAUGUUCUCUGAGGAAGAGGAUGAAGACGAGGACGAGGAGUAUGAGCCUGACAAGGAUACCGAGGCUAUGGACACUGACACUGAUAGUGUGGUCUCCUCUCGUAUGAGUGACUUCGGCUCCCCUUGUCCAACCACCCCGUCUACCCCAGGGUUUGGCUCUGCCCCGUACAAAGAUAGCAGCAGGUUUAGCAGAAAAGACUCAGAGGGGUUUCAGAGCCCGAUGAAUCCACCCUCAGGGACAGGAAGGCUGUCAGUGGCUCGUCAGCUUGGCAGAAAGUUUCAGGAUGCCAUGGACAAAGCUAAUGAUGAGGAUGGACCUGAGACUGUUGCUCAUAGAACCAGGUCUAAAGUUCCGCUGACAGACAAGUCCCUGUUUGAGCUGGAGUCCUCUUUUGUAGCUCCUGACAUCACAGCUGACAUGUACCAGAUAGAAAACCUACGAUCCCUUCUCGAGUUGUGCUUAAUGAUAGAAGUUGUUGACAUUGCAGAGAGUGAAGACACACAUGAUGUGGCUGACGAUGAAACCAGCGACCCUGAGUAUAACUUCCUGGCUGAGGCUGAGGAGGAAGAACCAGACAAAGAGGAUUUCCGUAAUGAUAAAGCCACCAAAGUCACAAAGAAGGAGUUGAAUGAAUUACUGGAUGAGCUGUUGAUAGCCUAUGGAGAUGGGGAAGAAGAGAAAGAUAAGAAGGAUUCUUGCAGGGUAUCUCAACCACCGCCUAUCCCCAGGCUACAGAAAACCCUUCCUUCUCCCGAGUCCAGCUGUAAGAUCAACAUGACUGCAGAUGAACGGAGCCAGCUCAACGAUCAGCUCAGAAAACAUGUUCAGCUGCUGACCCAAGUCUUCUUGCUGUGUCACAGAAGAGUGUCUCAUCAUAACUAUGCAAGAGGUGCAGAGUGUUCCUGCACUCUAAAUGAACUUAAGCAGUUGGGAUCCUGUGCAGGGCCCGGUAUAAAAUCAGCCUUUCACCCCAGGAACCUCAACUCAGCCUUAGAUCUAAUCAACAGCCCCCUUCCUCAGACUCGUGACCCUGAUCAACUGAUGAAGUUCAAAAAACCGAAGCCAGUGCGUGCACACCUAAAUGAUGAAGCGAUGACUAUUCUGAAGACAAACCCAACCUUCUACUAUCCUCACCUGCUCCCAGUGAGCAACUUUUUCUCUCAUCAUGUUGCCUGCAUGCAGAAAGUGGUGUUCACACCAGCAGAAGACAGAAUAAUUGCCAUGGGACUAGAAGAUUUCUCAGGCUGUGAGAAGAUUAAAUAUGAACUAAUACAGCGACAUCUUCUUCCUAGUAAAAGUGUUACUCAAAUUAAGUACAGAGUGAAAAACCAAGUGGCAAAGAAAGAUGAUAAUAUUAUUAAGACUUUCUGGAAGGACAACCUAUUACAGCAUUUCCCCAAGAGUACAGAACUGAACACUGACGAUUCUUUAGCACCGGAAUGGUACCAGCGUGCCUGUGAAAAGAUGCUAAAGGCUAGUCUAAAACGUCCUAGAGCCCACAGCAUAACUAGGUCCAAAAGUGUGCACAAGGAAGUCGAAAAGGCUUUAAAGAAACCCAAGAGAAGAAGGAGGCCAGCACAGUCAGCUCCAGUCAGCCCGGAUCUGCCAGCAAUGACAAUGGAGAAAUUCUCCCAGUCGGCUACAAUAUCUGAUGAGGUGAAAAAAUUGCUGAACCUUGACCCAGAAAGCAAAAGAUCUCCUGUGAUACAUUCGCUGUCCGUGAGUAAAAUUCCUGUGAAACUUGUCCAUCUGGGCGACAACAAAGCAGUUAUCUCCACUUUGUCCAGUGACCAACCCAUUGCAGCGCUUGAUGGGAGUUCAAAUGCAUUUAGUGCAGGACUAUCAGGAAUUUCUAUUCUGCCAGACGCUUCAAAAUCAGACAGUGGAUUAAAUAAAAGAGUAGCAGAUGAGAGGAGUGAAGUGCCCGUGAUAAAGACUUCAGACAUAACAUGUAUAGCACCAUCAUUUUUGAUAAAUCAAGCACCUGUGACAGCAUUCUCCUCUCUGACAACAUCAACUACCCUGUCCAGCGCACGCCUUAACGUUACAGGUGUCAGCACUAUGAUUCCGUUGUCAGCAGUGGCUUCAAAGUCUCCAAACUCAGGGGAGGCAACUCCAAGUAAAUCGCCAGCUCUCCCAAAACAGAGCGAGUCAUCCCCAAAUUCGGCGGGCAGGACUAAGUCGGCUGUUGAAAUCAUGGCUGCAGUGGCUCCAUUUCUGAGUUCCCCCAAGACAGCGCCUCCGAUUGAACUAGGUCAGAGGACUCCGACUAAGAAAAGUUCCCGUUCCAAAAAGUCGCGAGAGCAGUUGUCUCCUGGUGAGAAUCUUCCACGGCUUGUCCCGAGUCCCCACACAAGCCCCUCAAAACAACUAGUGCUGCCAUUUGUGCCGAGACACAAACAACGCAACAGUCCCAGAAGACAGCAGCUGAAACAGCAAGCUAAGGCAAUACUGCCCAAAGGUUUCAUCAUGAGGUCUGACGUAAUCUCACCUGUGAAGAAAGCAGCCUCCAAGGUGACGUCUAGGGCAAGGAAAGUUCAGAGAACUCUGCUGCCCAAGCUGGUGCCGAGUGGUAGCGUGGUUGUGGUGGAUGCUCGGCCACUAAAGGGUGAGGUGACAGAAGUGAUGGAGGUCAACAGUGAGUGUGAGACCCUGGAAUCUGAUGGGGACCCAGAACCAGGUGAGGACGUUACAGGUGAAGAAGGGACAGGUAAAGAUACACGGAUGACAGCCACGCCUAAAGGGAAAAAAACACUGAGGGAAAGUGGUGCAGUAAGCGGACAGCGAGAUAGUGCUGACAGCCAGAGCGAAGGGGAGGGGACAGGAGGAGUGCCGUAUGACAGUCAGACAGAGGAAGAGGAGGGCGGGGCAGAUGAUGGCAGUACUCACCUGCAGGAGCUGAUGGAGGCUAGCACCACCAUUAGGCAUCCAGUCUUCCCACCAAAGAAACAAGGCCUUAAGGACCGUCGGAGUAAAGCACAAAAACAUAAGGAUACAACCUUGGCCAUGCUUAACCCCGACAUUAUACAGGCUGAUCCAAUAAGAGAUGAUCGUGAUAUAGCCUUUGCACAAGCCUAUCUCAACAGCGUGAAGACAGCCUUAAAAGAUGACCAGGAGAAAUACGGCAAAUUUCUUCAAAUUCUGUAUGAGUUUGGGAAGAAUCAAGGUUCUCCUGUUCAGUUGUAUGAGCAGAUGAAGACCUUACUGAAGGAUCACCCAGAUCUGGUGGAGGAUUUCUCCGGCUUCCUUCUUCCAGAGCAGGCUGUCAAGUGUGGCUGUUACAUGGCUAACCAGCAGUACCACAAGGUCCGCUCCUUCCUCAGGAAACUAGAGAUACAUUUCGAAAAGCAUCCCAGUCACUUCCAGAAAAUCAUCAAGACGUUCUGCCAGUGGAAAUCGGGUCAAAGUUCGAGCGAGAUCCAGACGCUUCUCCUGCCCUUGCUGAAAGGUCAACAGCAUCUCCUGGAGGAAUUUUCCCUGUUCUUUGAGAACGAGAGACCCCCUGAGAGUCACAUGACGGACUAUGAGGAAAUUGACCUUUGUGACAGUGACCAGGAUGAAGACCGCUACCUCGACGGCUUUGAGGAGGUGGAACUCUCAGAUGAGGCUGACCACCACGGCACCAAACGCUGCGAGUGUAAAUGUCACGACACUAAGACAGACGCCAAGUUCUUCAAGAGAAAGAAACAUUGCAAUUCCUGUGGCUUGAAGAUAAUCGGAGGGAAGCUGUACUUCCGGACGACGGGUAAGAAUCUGGUGCCUGCAGUGGUCGUGUAUCACAAAUCCUUCUGGAUGGAUGAGCAGAGACAGUCGGCAGAGGUGAACAGCUGUACCCUGUACAACAAGGACAGCAGCUCAGCACUGAUGUCUGUGGAGAACAUCGCAGAGGAGAACGGUCUCCUGAAUAAACUGCCUCACAAACUGCAACCCGAGCGACCACCUGUGCGCAAACGCAUCAAACCAAUCACGUUGCGAGCUGUCCCACAAGGAGGCGGGUUUAUAGCCUUAGAUGACCUUGGUGAAACACAGGACAGUUCCUCUGUAUCCUGGAUUCCUGUGAUCCAGUCAGACUCUGGUGGGAAAACCCCAGAGACUAGGACGAAGACUGUUACAAUAGGAGAAACAGGUGCCAAAAGUUUACAGGAUGGCGCUGGCAGGUUACCUGGUAAAAGUGAUACCCCUAGGACUGAGGGUUCAGUAAGAGAACCCAGUGUGAAGACAGGCACUGUGGUGGGUAGAACUGAUGUUAAGACUGCUGAUGUUCGGGUGAUACCACCACUAGUAGCUGAGGUUAUACAACCACCAAGUGAGGUUGUGUCAGCACCAUGUGAGGUUGUGCUAUCCACACCUGUGAGUGGUACAGUUAGUGAUUGUCUCUCUUCUAACUCUGGAGUGUCGUUCAGCACUUCAGCCUUCUUUCCCAGUCCUUCUAAAGACAGCAACAGCAGCAGUGAUAUACUGGCUAAGGCCAUGAAGGUUGCUCAUGUGACUAACAGUGAUACAGAACUUUCCUCGGAUCAGUCACUGAUGGCCAAGCUGCAAGGUAAACCAUCCACAACAGGGGCUUGUGAACCAGGGGAGAUAACUGCCGAGAGCAUUUCCAGGACUGGCUUGUCAUCAUAUCCUAUUCCAGAUUCAAGUCAAGGGACACAAGAACCGACAUGGACGAAGGCUGCUGAUCGCCUGAUCCUGGAGAUGUGUAAAUGCACAGGUCCCUCCGAUGCAACCUUCCAGGGCAUUGCUAAACAGUUAACAGACAGGACAGAAACACAGGUACGGGAGAGGUUUGGAGAGCUGAUGAGCCUGUUGAUGAAGAGCCAGCAGCAGGGUGGGGCACGUACAGGGGAGGCUGGGUCCUGACCCAGCACAACAUAAGACUUUACUUGAUCUUUUAAGACAAAGUCUGGAUUUGAAUGAAAUUCUCGGCUGAACUCGUGCAUACUCGCAUGCUUUUCAUUAUAUUAAAAUAAUCUUAACUGCUUACAGUAUAAUGUGUACAUAUUUACAUUUUGAUAAAAGUAAUCAUCUUGCACUGGUCUUAUCAUCAAGGCUGAAAACUGCCUGAACUGAUCAACAGUUUGAUCAGAAGUCUUCAUCUUGCACCGGUCUUAUCAUCAAGGCUGAGAACUGUCUGAACUGAUCAACGGUUUGUUCCUCUAGUCCAAGUACUGGUACAUCUCACCUCCACAUUCACACUUGUACAUAAUCCAUACUCAUCCACCAUUUCUGCUGUUAAAGCCGAUUGCUACUCAGUAGUUUUAUUUAAAUAAACAUGACUUUGUCAAACA